GCCGCGCUGCCCCGCCCCCUCCCCUUCCCCGCCUUUGCGGCGGUGGAAAGAUGGCGGAGUUGGACAUCGGGCAGCACUGCCAGGUGCAGCACUGCCGGCAGCGAGAUUUUCUUCCAUUUGUAUGUGAUGGUUGUUCAGGAAUAUUUUGCCUUGAACACAGAAGCAAGGAUGCGCAUGGUUGUCCUGAGGUGAAUAUCAUCAAGGAGAGACCAAAGACAGAUGAACACAAACCUUACCCAUGCUCAUUCAAGGACUGUACUGAAGUAGAGCUCGUGGCAGUUGUGUGUCCCUACUGUGAGAAGAACUUCUGCCUAAGACACCGCCAUCAGUCGGACCAUGGGUGUGAAAAACUGGAGACCCCACAGCCUCGAAUGACUGCCACACAGAAACUUGUCAAGGACAUUAUUGACUCCAAGUCAGAAGGGGCAGUAGUAAGAAAAGGCCGGAAAGGCGCGAAGACCAGCGGCACAGCCGCGAAGGUGGCCCUGAUGAAGCUGAAGAUGCAUGCUGACGGGGACAAGUCACUGCCGCAGACAGAGAGAAUUUACUUUCAGGUUUACUUACCGAAGGGGAGCAAAGAGAAGAGCAAAGCCAUGUUCUUCUGCCUCCGCUGGAGCAUUGGGAAGGUGGUGGACUUCGCAGCCUCUCUAGCCGGUCUUAGAAACGAGAACAACAAGCUGAUGGCAAAGAAGCUGCGGCUGUGUCACGUUCCUUCAGGAGAAGCCUUGCCCUUGGACCAUACUUUGGAAACCUGGAUCACCAAGGAGGAUUGCCCUUUACAUAAUGGAGGAAAUGUUAUUUUGGAGUAUCUUAACGAUGAAGAGCAGUUUUUAAAAAAUGUUGACUCUUACUUGGAAUAGUCACUCCAGAAUUAGAGCCAGAAUUUACAAGCAGAAAUCAUUCUUUUACGACAGAUACUUUUUUAAAACUCUGAAAGUUGCUUUUUUAUAAUUUAUUUCCAUUAGGUCAUAAUUUACAUCAGUUGUUUUCUACUAAGUUCCAGGCUUUGUGUUUUAAAUUUGAACUAUGUAUUAGUAGUUAUGACAAAGUAUUAUUUUUAUUGCUGUUUUUCCAUUCUUAUGGCAGAGGAGGACGCAGGUGGCAGAUUCUUCGGUACUUGUCGUCUUUGUUUUAAGCAGGCCCUACGAUUAAGCCUAAUUGACUAAGGGGCCAGAAUACACAACCUUCUGUAUACCUAAAUGAUGACGUGUGAUUGGAAUAUGCGCAUGAAUUGUGGGAUCUCAGCCUUCCUCUCACUCAGUCUUCCAAGGGUUUGGAUAAGAAACCUCAUAUAUGAGGAGGGAAAAUUAUUUUCUUGGUAUCAUGUAAUUGCACUGAAUAUAUUUCGGGUAAUGAAUUUCCUCCAAUAGGAUUCAUGUUUUUGUUGGUAUGGUGUAUGAGAAUAGAGAAAUGAGAAGAGCAAUGAAUAGACUGCUUUGUUACAAUCUCUUUCAUUGCACCAAAGCAAAAUAUACACCAGCAAUUACUGCAUUUUAUCUAUAAAUUGAAAUAAGUCCUUUUGGGGAAUGCUUUUUGUCUACACUUGAGAAUGAAUGUUUCUGUCUGUAGUGUAUGAAGGACUGCACUAAAGAAGGAAAUAAAGUAUUUUUAAUUGCC